UACCUAUAUCCCCUCCUUUAUUACUCCGUACGGCUGCCGUCAGAUCAUGCCACUUUUCCGACCAGCAUGUCAGCUGUGGUUUCCCCACACAAGUAUGCUCCGCGCUCCGCUUCUACCAUCCUCCAUCUUUUCCCUCUCAAAACAUUUUACCCCACUCCGCCUAGAGCAGACAUCACUCACCAUGUCUGUUGCUCGGUCUAGAGUUGUUACUGUUCUACCCUUUGCUAGAACCCGAUUCUUCCGGGUGUCGCUGCAGUAGACAAUCGCCAGUCGAAAGGACGACAAUCGCAACCAUGCCCCUAAGCGAAGAGCAGAUUCGCGUUGUCAUUGCCCUUGAGAGAACCGGCGCCUCGCUCUCUUUGAUUGGCAUCUCGCUCAUCUUCGUCACCUACUGGCUCUUCAAAAGCCUCAGGACCAUCCCCAACCUGUUCAUCAUCUUUGCCUCCAUUGCCAACGUCGGCGCCAGUAUUGCAUGCCUCAUCGGACAAAGCGGAAUUCUCAAAGGUGACGAGUCUGCCUUGUGCCAAGCCCAGGCCUUCCUGUUGCAAAUGUUCAUGCAGUCUGACCCUUGGUGGUCGCUAGCCAUGGCCAUCAAUGUCUUCCUUGUCAUCUUCUACGGCGCCAGUCCCGCCUCUUUCAGACGCUAUCUGUGGCUGUAUUGCCUCAUCUGCUUUGGCGGGCCCUUCAUCCCAGCCAUCGUCCUACUGCUGGCUCAGCCAAACGGCCAGAUGAUGUAUGGAAAUGCCACCCUCUGGUGCUGGAUUAGUAACGACCGGAGCGCACUUCGCAUCUACGCCUACUACGUUCCCAUCUGGGUGUGCAUCUUCUUCUCUGCCGUCAUCUACUGCGCCGUCGGCCACCACAUCUUCCAUCAACGCAAUCAGCUUCGGAACUUGACCUUUAGCUAUCCUAGCAAAGAUGGGAUUGAUGUGUUACACUUAGAGGAUGCUAGAGACUCGGCGGAGGAGGACCCGGCAAAUCGGUUAGAAGAUUGCCAAAUCACUGCUGUGACCGAAGUGCAGAUAACCGCCGCCAUCCCAACCACACAUACACUACCACAAUCACCAACUGUGCCAUCGACGGCCGUGACGAGUCCGAACCAGCACCGACAUGUGCAGCAUCAACCGUCCUGGCGUGGGAGCGAGGAUGACAUAGACAAACGAAGCUCCAUAACCGUUAACCACGCCCAUUUUGAGACUCUGAUCUCCUCCAACCCGUCGCCGCCUCGAUCCAAACCUCCUACGGUCACGCGGAUGCGAUCCCGAACAACCCAUUUCAACCCUCCUUGGCUUAACAACCUCGACCCAAUCAAGCUCGCCUACCUUCGCACUAGUUUCAUGUUUGCCAUUUCUAUUCUUGUCACCUGGAUCCCAAGUUCCAUCAACCGCGUCAAGGGUCUUGUCAACCCCGAUAGCGUUAGUUAUGGCUUGAAUAUCGCGACCGCAGUCGUACUACCUUUGCAGGGCGUCUGGAAUGCUGCCAUUUACUUCAUUACCAGUUGGAGCAAAGUCAAGGAGGAGUACCGCGCCUUUAUGGCUAGUCAGUCAGCACGCCGCCCCCAUGAUCACCGAGGGAGCAGGCUUGUCGAAGCUCGCCAAGGUGGUCAACGAGACCGUUUCAACAUGGCGCUAUUGGAACGUAAAAAGCGUCCAGGUAGUGACGGGACGAGAGAGCUAAAUCUGACCGCGUCAGCGAGCGUUAGAAAUAACAACGUCAGAGUGAUGCCGGGAUUGUUUUGACAUUUUCCCGUGCCUCUUGUUUUUAUUAUCUUAAUAUUUAUUAAUUAAUCUAUUACGUCAAGCUGUCUAUUCAAGAA